AUUGCCUGGUGUGGUUUUGAUGAGCGGACACCUGACGGUGGUGGUGGGGGUGUGAAUACUGCGGGGAAACUUUGCCCAGCACCCGGGCGAUCGCUGCUCUUGUGUCCGGCAGAGAGCUGGUUUCGUGCGCCGCACAAGUUGCGGGCGCGGCGUGUCGAGCUGACUUUCAGGAAGCACAUAGCGAGGGUGGAAACGCCGCGGGACAGUGGCCGAGCGAGUAUUUGAUGCGGAGACUCGCGGAAUGAGGGGGAAUGCACGAGGGCGACAAAUGCAAGUGUUGCUUCCCCGAGGACCAUGUGGAUUGCAAUGAAGCAAGUCGGAGAAACUGGCUGAGCCGGGAGUGUCCCGGCCGCUGCUCCCGGGCCGAGCACUGCUGCACGCCAGGCACGGAACCGCCGCCCAUACCAGCGCUAGCUUCUGUCCCCUACAAUCCACCAAGAUGAAGCCAUGAAAUGCAAAUUCAUUUCACGCAGAAGGCAAUGGAGUUUUGGAAAGUGGCAAGAACAGGAUGACACAAAUAUUAAAAUGCAAGGUCUUUAUCAAUGAACAUGUACCAUGAAGUCCCCCAAUUGUUCUUCUUGGUUUCUUGAGGACAAUGAAGAUCACAUUUCUGUCUUCUCUCUGGAAUCCAGUGUAUUUUGCAGUGAAGUGCAUUUGAAUACAAACCCUUUAAACACUUUUAUAAUAAAUGUCGGUGGCAGCAGGUUCAUUCUACCACAUGAAAUACUGUUGUCCUAUCCUGAAACACGCUUGGGAAAACUGGCUACAUCUGAACAUGAUUCUGUUCUGGAUCUAUGCGAUGAUGUCAACUUUGUAGACAAUGAAUAUUUCUUUGAUCGUAGUUCUCAGACAUUCAAGUACAUUAUACAUUAUUAUAAAACUGGAAAGCUGCAUGUAAACGAAGAACUUUGUGCAAUGUCAUUUUUGCAAGAAAUUGAAUACUGGGGAAUAGAUGAACUUAACAUUGACCUUUGCUGCCGAGAAAGAUAUUACAGACGGAAAGAAAUUAAUGAAACUUUAGAUAUAAAGUGCGACACAGAAGUGAUUCAGAAUGAAGAGGAAGAUUUCUCUGGAGUGAUUUGUGAAAAACUAAGGCAAAAGCUGUGGGUCAUAAUGGAAAAACCCGAUUCUUCAAAGCUAGCCAAAACAUUUGGAAUCCUUUCUGUAGCCUUUGUUCUAAUUUCCAUUGCAAAUAUGGCUCUCUAUUCUCUUGAAUAUACUGUACUGGAUCCCCCUUUGUUGAAUGCAGUUGAGUAUUUUUGCAUCACCUGGUUCACUGCAGAAUAUCUACUAAGAUUUCUAUGCAUAAAAAACAAGUGCAAGUUUGUUAAGAGUUUGGUGAACAUCAUUGACCUCAUUGCUGUGAUCCCAUUUUACAUCACAUUGUCGGUGGAGCAACUUUAUGGAGGUUCGACAGAACUGGAAAAUGUUGGGAAAAUUGUGCAGAUCCUGAGAUUACUGAGAUCACUACGCAUGUUGAAACUUGGCAGACACUCGACAGGUCUGAAAUCCCUAGGAAUGACCAUCGCUCUAUGUUACGAAGAAAUUGGCCUACUUCUGCUUUUUCUCUCUGUGGGCAUUUCCAUCUUCUCUUCAGUGGAGUAUGCCGUGGAGCACACGGUCCCAGGCACAAUGUUCUCCAGCGUCCCUUGUGCAUGGUGGUGGGCAACAACAUCCAUGACUACUGUGGGCUACGGGGAUAUCCGGCCGGAAACCACAAUUGGGAAGAUAAUUGCCUUUUUAUGUAUUUUGACUGGUAUUCUGGUCUUGUCGCUACCCAUUGCUAUUAUCAAUGAUAGGUUCUCCACUUGCUACUUCACCUUGAAGAUGAAAGAUGCAGCCCUUCAACACCACGAUGCUCUGAAGAGGCUCACCAAGAAUACAGCAUUUGACCCGGUUGUCAAUGUUAAUUUGCGAGAUAUUUAUGCUCGCAGCAUUAUGGAGAUGUUGCGGAUCAAGAACAGAGAGAGAGCUAGUACCAGAAGCAGUGCCGGGGAUGACAUAUGGUGACAUCUUUGGGUGUGCUUUCUAGUCUUAAUUAAUCUAGUACAUAACUCCGGAGCUGGUUUUUUAAUAAAAACUACAGUGUCUCAAAACUGCGUGCAGUUGCUUCAUACGCUGACUUUAAAAAGAAACAUUGCAUACAUACUUUUGUUAUUCUUAUUUUCGUUCCAAGUCUCAGUACGAAAAAAAAUGCCAAGAAGGUGUAAUUCUCAAUACUAGUACAUGUAAUGAUAUAGCAGUGAUAGAAAACAGCUAGCUGAAUGCCUGUUCACAUUCCCAAGAUACUAGAUUCUGUUGACAGGAGUGGAAAUAGUUUUUGCUGUUCACAAGAUCAGUAUUUUGCAGGCUAAUGUAUCUGAUAAUGAAUAUUUGGGGAAAUGCCAGUGCUCUUCAAAUUUACACCAUCCAUAUUGUAAUCUUUGUCAAUGUUCAAGCUUGAAGCUUAUGGGUGUUUAACUGAGACUGACCAUGACUGUCCAUUGAAGUGAAUGGAUCCAAACCCUGCACUACUGUGCACAGUGGUGCAGCGGUAGAGUUGCUGCCUUACAGUGAAUGCAGCAGCGGAGA